ACAAUUUGACACUGAGGUGCCUCAUUGCAUAGAAAUUUUCCUGAACAUGCUGUCUCCUCAUUUUCUUAUUGAGAGGAUAUUUCUCUUAGUUAGUUUAAUCAUUUUCGACAUUCAUUUAGAUAGAUACAAAGAUGAAGUCAUUACUCUGACUGCUUUUGCAUCUUUUAGUCAUCACUCUGGAUGUAAACUGAACCUGUGGUCUCUAUGCCCUAAAAUACAAAGAAAAUCGCUUUUGCAAACGUCUUGAAUCAAACUUUGGGAGAGACAUUUGUGAACCACUAAUAAACAGCUAGUUUCCUCUAUAAACACGGUGUAACGGGCGGUCUGUGUGAGCCUGCUCUGUAAACUUCAGCCCUUCCCAUUACCUUUAAAGGAGUGUGUACCCUGAACUAAAUAUGGACAUGCACUUUAACAGGAUUUCAAAGAAUGUCCCAGCCUCACAGUCCACUUCGAUGAUGCGAGCUUCUUGCUUUUCGUCACUGGUGCCCUUGACUGCGAGGCUGUGAGGGGAGCGUCUUUACGCUGGGAUCGAUGCCUCUGGUGGCUUUUGGGGAGGAGGACAUAGCAGGCAGCAGGACAUCAGCUUUGGCCCUUAAAAAAGCAGAGGGUCUCCUCAUGUGAGGUACUGUUGAUUCAAGAUUAAUUCAUUCCCUUUCUGACCUCAUAGAAGAAUCCCUCCCAGACAUGUCCAGACGAAAGGUAAGGGGCCUGACCCGUACGGGCCGCCAGGUCAGCGAGGACCCUGACCUGGACAACCUGCUCUCCACCCUCUCCCCGGAGGAGAUGGAGCAGCUGGAUAAGGAUUUGAUGAAUGUGCCGGACGUGAACGCAGAGGAUGGAAAGACCGUCGUCCAGGGGGAGAGCCAGCCUGCGCAGCCACCUCGGGCCAACAAAGUCAGGGACGCGGCUCCUCGAAGUGACACCAAAGGGAGGCUUGGUCAAAGGGAGCCAUCACUUGAGGAUGAGCCCAAGAAAGAGAGCCGGAAGCAAGAAUAUCUGAGGAAGAUGGGCCUCAGCCAGGAGGGAAAUGAGGAUAUGAAAGUGGAAGCAAGGAGACAAUCUGGCGUCUCAAGAGAAAGAGAUAUCAAGGUGGAAGAUAGAAACAGCACAGGUCCAGAAGGUUUGAAAGAGGAGCGAAGUUGGCGGUCAAAUAGAAACAAGAGGCAGGAAGGCAGAGAAAGUGAUGUGAAGGAGGAAAGCAACGGGAAGGAAAGAUAUGAGGACAACAGGUUGGGAGACAGAAGAGAUAACAGGGAGAGCACGGGUCGUAAAACCAAAGACAUGAUCUCCAAGUUACAGGAAAAACGGGAGGACAGCACAGAGAAGGAAAGGAAAGAGGACUAUAGGAAACGAGAUGAAAGCAAAACCAAAGACAUUAUUUCGAAGCUGCGUGAAAAAAGCGAAAGGGAUGCAGGAAAGGAAAGGGAGAGGAAGGCUGAGGGUAUCAGGACACAAGGGCUUGUCUCUAAAAUGGUUGAGAAGCAGAGCAAAGCUCCAGAAAGCCAGACUCCAGACGGUAAAGCAGAAGAGAAGAAGCCUAAAGCAGAGGAGAAAAACAAACCCGACACAAAACUCCAGAACCAGCCAGCGGACAGGGGUGAGGCGCAGCUGAAACGCAACAAGGCGGGAAACCGAAGUGAAAGGGAAGAGCUGCUUAACCACAGCGACCACGUGAGAGACGAGGACCCAAAGAUCAGCGCCGAGAAGAAAGAGCCGGAGAAAAAGGAACAAGAGGACAGUAAAGGGAAGCCGAAAAAAGCCGAGGAGGCUCCGAAACACGGCAACCAUGUGGCCAAAAACAGCCCCCUCAAAGCGAAGCAGGAAGAGGAGGAGGAUGAAGACUCCAGCAUGUUUGACGACCUGAUGCAGCAGGUCCGAAGCAACGACGCCUCCCUCGCCGAGCUCAACGUCAACAACUCGGAGGUCAUCAAAACCAAAACGCUCAUCGAGUUUGCAGAGGCCCUGCGAAGCAACACCCACGUCAAGACGUUCGCUCUGGCCAACUGCCGGGCCGAUGACCACGUGGCUUACGCCAUCGCCGGGACGCUGCGCAGCAACAAGACCAUCACCAGCAUCAACCUCGACUCCAACCACCUGACCGGAAAGGGCAUCCUGUCCCUCAUCCAGUCGCUGCUGCACAACUCCACGCUGACCGAGCUCCGCUUUCAGAACCAGCGCCACAUCUGCGGAGGGAAGACCGAGAUGGAGAUGGUCAAGGUCCUGAAGGAAAACACCACCCUGCUGAAGCUGGGCUACCACUUUGAGCUGGUCGGGCCGAGGAUGACCACCACCAACAUACUGAGUCGCAACAUGGACCGGCAGCGACAGAGGCGCCUCCAGGAGCAGAAGCAGGCCCAGGCCAACGGGGAGAAGAAGGGCACGCUGGAGGUGCCCAAAACCGGAGGUGGAGGAUCUCUGAGGAACUCGCCCAAGUCCUCCCCCAAACCCUCUCCCAUUCCCUCUCCAAUGCCUUCCCCGAAGCUCAAUCCGAGGAAGGGAGCUGGGGGUCCGGCUCCACCACCACCUCCACCUCCUCCCGGAGGCGGACCUCCACCCCCGCCACCCCCCAUGCCUGAUGGAGAUCGCUCAGGCGGCAGCAGGAACUCAAGGGACCAACUGCUGGCCUCGAUCAGACGAACUGACAUCAAACAACUGAAGAAGGUGCCGGUGCCAAAGUGGCUGCAGUAACACUUCCUGGUGGAAAAACAAGGUGGACAAAAACGUGUGCGACGAUGGACAUCUCACCGCGAGGUUUCGAGGGCAUAAACCUCCUACAUUCCCAUAGCUGGUUGGAAAGUUGUGCAAUGGGAUGCAUGGAGAAGCAUGAGAUGGUUGAACCACUUGCCCUCAGUACGAGUUCUCCCAUCCAACACUGGACCAAAGGGACUAUAUGGAGAAAGAGUGACGCAGUGCUCUUUAUAAACCGACUGCAGAGAGUGCUGACUUUGUGGCUUUCUGUCUUCAGUUCAUAUUGAUGCUUUAUUUUUUUUGCACUAAAUAGUAUGAAGACGAUCAUAUAACAUGUUGGCUUGUAUAUGCGUCUGACUGUGAGCAUGAUGAGAACUUCUGAUAUGCCCAGGUUCAAAUAACUAUAAAACUCUCAUUAAAAAAAAAUCUGGCAUUAAUUAUAUGAUUUGAUCUUUUAUUUAUUAGUGGAGAGGAAAUCCACAAGAAACCAGUCAGCUGAUAGUCUGGAAAUAUCAGGGAAUUGAUAAACAUAGUGAUUUGACUUAUGAUAAAAAAAGAGGCCUGGGUAACUUACGAUUAUGUCACAAAUCUCAAGACAUCUCAGGCAGUCUUGGAAAGCAGCCCAGUGAAAUGCAGUUCAUCGGGAAGAUCAAAUGGCUGUCAUUCAGUAUGUGAAGUUGUAUUUAGUACAUUGUUGCAUGGGUGUUUGAUUAUAUUACAUAGUUUUUAUGUAAUUUAACAACAUGUCUUAACAUUACUAGGGGAUUUGGAAAACCAUUACAGGAUCAAUUCCGUCCUCAUGCUUAUCUCCUGUGUAUGUAUGUGGUAUUUUGAAGUGAACAACAUGCUAAGACCAGCUUCUGUGUGAUUAACGAAAAUCAGAGUGCUAUAAAGAAGGACACAUUUCUUGUUACACACACUCUCUGACAGAGCCUGUAUGUCUUCAAUAAAAGAUUCUG